AGGAAGACGAAGGAGGUGGAGAAGACCAGGAGCUACCUACUGGGUUAAAAUGCCAGCUUACAAACCCUACAGCCUAGCUGGCAGGGUUUGAAGUCUCCGGCCCAGCUUCGGGUUGGCGGGCUCGGGUCACGUGGACAGGAGCGGGAGUUUCUCAGACAGCUGGAGGCUAGGGUGGAGGGAUCCGCGUUGGCUGCGCCUACCAGCUUUUCUUCAUACCUCUCUCCGCCCCCCUUCCCUGACUGCUUCCGCUAGGGGUGAUUAUCAUUUUUAUUGACAAACACUAAGGAAGCGACAGCGAGUUCCGGGGUGUAUAUUUAGCCAAGCCAUGGGAGACAAGAAGAGUCCCACCAGGCCGAAGCGGCAGCCGAAGCCAUCCUCCGAUGAGGGAUACUGGGAUUGUAGCGUCUGCACCUUUCGAAACAGCGCCGAGGCUUUCAAAUGCAUGAUGUGCGAUGUGAGGAAAGGCACCUCCACUAGGAGGCUCUGCAGUGUUCCGGGGCUUGAUGUAAUCAGCACAGUGUCAUCCACAAACAGGAACAUCUGGAGGACCUCAUCAUCUACAGAGAAGAAAAAGCUGGAUCACUUACCAGUAACUGGAGUUCUAUUGGGUAAUCUCCACAGAUCCACAUACUUUGAAGUUAUUGUGAAUGCCUUGAGGACCAUGGAACCGUUGAAAUUUCAAAUUUCAGGAAGGAAACCGCGACCUGUCUCACAGUUGGUUGCACAGCAAGUUACCCAGCAAUUUGUGCCCCCAACACAAUCAAAGAAAGAGAAAAAAGAUAAAUUAGAAAAGGAAAAAAGUGAAAAAGAAACAACUAGCAAAAAGAACAGUCAUAAGAAAACCAGGCCACGAUUGAAAAAUGUGGAUCGGAGUAGCGCUCAGCAUUUGGAAGUGACGGUUGGAGAUCUGACAGUCAUUAUUACAGACUUUAAGGAGAAAACUAAGUCACCACCUGCAUCUAGUGCUGCUUCUGCAGAUCAUCAUAGUCAGAGUGGUUCUAGCUCUGAUAAUACAGAGAGAGGAAUGUCCAGGUCAUCUUCACCCAGAGGAGAAGCCUCAUCAUUAAAUGGAGAGUCUCAUUAAAGUUUAUUUUUUUCCAAUUUCUUUAGUCACUUCUCUGUAACAUGCAAAUACAAAUAUUUUGGCCAACACAUGCCACAUUUUCAUGACAAACAUUCAUGCUCAGCCUACAACAUGUUUUACAUAAAAUAUAAAUGCAUUAGGAUUAAUAAUUUUGUUGCAAUCUACACUAAAGACCACAUUUCCAGAAUUAACAUUUUGAUAUCAAAAGUUAAAAGUGCCAUGAAAAUGUGGUAGAGCAUUUAUUAUGCAGUGUUAUUGGUAAUCUUUUUCACUUUUAGUCAAUUUCAACACUUAAAACUUGAUUUCACUACUAUUGGCAUGUACUGAAUUAAAAUUUUUAUAACAUAGUUCAAGCUGCCUAGAUAUGUAUUAUUUGAGAAUUAUAAAAUAGUUGUAUAUGUGUGUUUGUGUGUAUGUAUACACAUAUACAUACAAGUCAGAUCAAUUUAAUCAACUAUUAAAGCAACCAGAUUUUAAUAAUACUUAUCUUCUUAGGUACACCUGCUGGUACUUGGUGUGGUUAAAUAGGAAAAUUGUUGUUAAAGGAUUUCUUUUAAUUUUGGCCAGGUUUUUUUUGACACAUCUUACUAGAUUACUGUUACUGGUUUUAUCGUAUUUUCUUUUAUUGACUUUUUAAAACAUUCAUUUAUUAUGUUACUUGCAAAAUAGUAAAUAUUUUAAAGUAUCAGUUGUUUAACUUUAUAAUUCAGAUACAGUACUAUUAUUAUUAUACACUGGUAUUUUCCAUAUUAUAUAAAAUUUUCCAUUUCAAAAGAUUGUAUGCAUUUGCAAAAAAAAGCAACAGAAAUGUUUCCAUUUAAAAAGUUGCAUUCUUGAAAAAAUUUAACUGAAUAAUAAUUUUAUCAUUUUUUCCUUGCACCACACUUUUUCAGCGCUAUCCACAUGUAUAAAUAUAAUUACUACAGAAAUACAGAGUGGUGAACAGAAAAAAGGAAUAACUAGUAAUUUAUCCAAUUUCUUCUUAAGUUCACUUUUCUUAUUUUAAUUGGCCCUUUAUUAAAUAUCUUUAAACAAUUUCUAUUGUUUAAAUAUGAAAAAAUGCAGUUCCUUUUUUCAGGCAUAAUUGCCAUUUAUGCACAUUUGUACUAAUACAAAAAAUAUUUACAGUCACCCAGCAUUAUGUAAAAUUACCAAUAAAAUAUUUUUAUGACUAUACUUUUUUCAUUUUUUUUCACAGCCAAUGUGUAUUUGAUGCACACACAAAAAAACCCCAACAAUCUAGAAACCACAUGAUGGAUCUUAAAUUCUCAUAGGAUUCUUCUUCUGUUAAAUACAUGUUUGCUUGUUGUCUUCUCCCAUUAGAUUGUGAGCUCUUUGAAGACAGGGACUAUCUUUUGCCUUUUUUUUUGUAUCUCCAACACUUAGCACAGUGCCUGGCACAUAGUACAUGCUUAAUAAAUGUUAACUGCCUGAUAUUCUUAUAUAUAAGGAAUUAAUAUAAAUAUAGACUGGACAUUUAUCAGUGAGCAUAGCUAUAUGAUAUCACAUAAAAGAUGUCUUCAUGAUAACUUAAAUUGUAGACCCUGACAGUUUUAACUGUUUAACAGGGUUUUUUUGGGGUUGUAAAUGUAAUUUUCUGUUUAAUUGCAGCACUUAUAGGCUGCAGUAGUACUGUCUGUUUUGUUAGAUGCUAGUUGUGAAAUAGUUGCGUAAAAACAAAGUCUGAUGUGAUAUCUAAACACUUAAGUACUUCAUUCUUUGGUUGAACUUGUGUAAAAGUUUAAAACUUAGUGUGGUUUGGGGGAUGGUGGUUUUGGUAGCAUACUUCUAAUGAAAGACCAGUUUAUUGGUUAUUUUAACUUCUUUUUGAACUAUGAGCUCUACUUUGUCUUUUUUUCUUCAUUUCCUAUUUCUCAAAUGCUUUUAAUGGUUGAUUUUUUUUUUGAGAUCCUGAAUAUUUGCAUAUGCUAAUGGAUUCUUCCUAUUUUUUUAGGUGACAACAUAUUCUACAAACUGUCCUCUAAUUAUAGUUUUCUGGCACAAGGAAAAAAAAAAGUCCUGGCAGAGCUUUAAAUGGAUUGCAAAAGAAAAAACAUUCUGCCAAACAAACAAAAUACAAAAAAAAAAAAUUUCUCUUACAUGAUGUUUCAUUGCUUAUAAAAAGGUAAAACAGCUUACUGCUUUCUAUCAUGCUUAGAAAAUGUGUUCCCAGUGGAUAAAGCACCGGCCCUGGAUUCAGGAGUUCCUGAGUUCAAAUCCGGCCUCAGACACUUGACACUUACUGGCUGUGUGACCCUGGGCAAGUCACUUAACCCCAUUGCCCCAUAAAAAAAAAAAAGAAAAGAAAAAAAAAGAAAAUGUGUUCCCUAUGUUAUCCAGAUAGGGUUUAAAAGGAGCAUAGAGGUCACCUAAUCUGAAUAGUUUAUUUUAUAAAUGGAAAACCGAGGCCUGAGUAUUUAUGAUGAACAGAAUAUAGAAUAAAUGACAGAAUUAACAUUUGGAUCCAAGUCCUUUUGACUCCAAAACUAUAUUUUACCUUACU